AUGGAAGUGUUGGAAGAAUCCGAAAAAGAAGAAAUCAGUGUUGAAGAUGAAGCUGUGGAUAAAAACACUUUCAAAAACUGCAGCAAAAUUGCUUUCUACAGGCGUCAGAAACAGCAGCUCUCCAAGAAGUCCACCUAUCAGGCAUUACUAGACUCAGUCACAACGGGCAAAGACAGCACCAGAUUCCAAAUCACCAAUGAAGCCACGAAGGUUCCUCUUUUGGCUGAAGUUUUUGGUAUAGAGGGAAAUAUCUUCAGGCUUAAAAUCAAUGAAGAAACUCCCCUGAAGCCCAGGUAUGAAGUCCCAGAUGUGAUCACAAGCAAACCAAGUACUGUAAGGCUGAUUUCAUGUUCAGGAGAUACAGGCAGUCUCAUAUUGGCAGAUGAAAAAGAUCUCAAGUUUCAUAUCACGGCAAACCCAUUCAAAGUAGACUUGGUGUCUAAAGAAGAGGUUGUGAUGAGCAUAAAUGCCCUGGGCCAACUGUAUUUUGAGCAUCUGCAGAUUCCUCCCAAGCAAAGAGCUACCAGAGAAAAGGAGAAUGCAUUAAUUGACACCUCUCAGAAAAAUCAAGAGGAUCUAGGCCUGUGGGAGGAGGAAUUUGGAAAAUUUGUGGAUGUCAAAGUUAAUGGUCCUGCCUCCAUUGGUUUGGAUUUCUCCUUGCAUGGAUUUGAGCAUCUCUAUGGGAUCCCACAACAUGCAGAAUCACACCAACUUAAAAAUACUGGUGAUGAGGACGCUUACCGUCUUUAUAACCUGGAUGUCUAUGGCUACGAAAUACAUAACAAAAUGGGCAUUUAUGGUUCAGUGCCUUAUCUCUUGGCCCACAAAUUAGGUAUGACUUUAGGCAUUUUUUGGCUGAAUUCUUCAGAAACACUAGUGGAGAUCAAUACAGAGCCUGCAGUAAAGAUGGGCCCAGUUGAUGCUAAACAAAAGAACAGAUCUCGAACUGAUGUGCAUUGGAUGUCAGAGAGUGGAAUCAUUGAUGUUUUUCUGCUGACAGGGCCUACACCUUUUGACGUCUUCAAGCAGUACGCAUCUCUUACAGGCACACAAGCCAUGCCGUCUCUCUUCUCCUUGGGGUACCACCAGUGCCGCUGGAACUAUGAGGAUGAGCAGGAUGUACAAGCAGUGGAUGCAGGAUUUGACAAACAUGACAUUCCUUAUGAUGCCAUGUGGCUGGACAUAGAGCACACCGAGGGCAAAAGGUACUUCACCUGGGACAAGAAAAGAUUCCCCAACCCCAAAAGGAUGCAGGAGCAGCUCCGAGGCAAAAAACGCAAGCUUGUGGUUAUCAGUGACCCGCAUAUCAAGAUUGACCCUGACUACUCAGUGUACACUACAGCCAAAGAACAGGGCUACUUUGUGAGGAAUUUUGAAGGGGGAGACUUUGAAGGAGUAUGCUGGCCUGGUCUCUCCUCUUACCUGGAUUUCACCAACCCCAAGGUCAGAGAGUGGUAUUCAGGUCUUUUUGCUCUUUCUGUUUAUCAGGGAUCUACUGACAUCCUCUACAUAUGGAAUGACAUGAAUGAACCCUCGGUCUUUAGAGGGCCAGAGCAAACCAUGCAGAAGAAUGCCAUUCAUCAUGGCAACUGGGAGCACAGAGAACUUCACAACAUCUAUGGCUUUUAUCAUCAAAAGGCUACUGCAGAAGGACUGAUACAACGAUCUAAGGGAAAGGAGAGACCCUUUGUUCUUACACGUUCUUUCUUUGCUGGAUCACAAAAGUAUGGUGCUGUGUGGACAGGCGACAACAAAGCAAAAUGGAGUUACCUGAAAAUUUCUAUCCCUAUGUUACUCACUCUCAGCGUUACCGGGAUCUCUUUUUGUGGAGCUGAUGUCGGCGGCUUCGUGGGGGAUCCAGACGUGGAGCUGCUAGUGCGUUGGUACCAGGCCGGAGCCUACCAGCCCUUCUUCCGUGGCCAUGCCACCAUCAAAAGCAAGCGACGGGAACCCUGGCUCUUUGGGAAGGAACACACCCGGCUCAUCAGAGAAGCCAUCAGAGAGCGUUACACCCUCCUGCCCUAUUGGUAUUGUCUGUUCUACUGUGCACAUGUGACUGCCGAGCCCAUCAUUAGGCCUCUGUGGGUAGAGUUCCCUGAUGAAUUAGAGACUUUUGGUGUGGAAGAUGAAUACAUGCUGGGAAGUGCUUUAUUGGUUCAUCCAGUCACAGAGCCAAAAGCUACUGUGGUUGAUGUGUUUCUGCCAGGAUCAAAUGAGGUCUGGUAUGACUCUAAGACAUUUGCUUCUUGGGAAGGAGCAUGUACUGUGAAGAUCCCAGUAGCCUUGGACACUAUACCAGUGUUUCAACGGGGUGGAAGUGUAGUGCCCAUAAAGACAACUAUAGGAAAGUCCACAGGCUGGAUGGCUGAUUCCCCAUAUGGACUCCGGGUGGCUCUAAGCACUAAGGGUUCUGCUGUGGGUGAAUUGUAUCUUGAUGAUGGCCAUUCAUUCCAAUACCUCCAAAAGCAGCAAUUCUUACACAGGAAGUUUUGUUUUUGUUCAGGUGUUUUGAGCAACAGUUGUGCUGACGAGAGAGGUCAUUAUACCAGCAAGUGUGUGGUGGAGCAGAUCUUUGUCCUCGGCCUCAAGAAGCAGCCAUCUUCUGUGACCACCCACUCAUCUGAUGGUAAAGAUCAGCCUGUGGAUUUUACAUAUUGUGCCGGAACAUUCACCCUGAGCCUGGAGAACCUCUCGCUGAACGUUGGCACUGACUGGGAGGUCCACAUUAAGUGA